AUGGUAUAUAGGGUUGAUGCAGUUGGAGUUAAUGUUGUAUCAUGUGGUUGUGCCAUUCGCCGCACGCACCAAUUACCAUGUGCACAUGAGAUUGCCGAAUAUCGAAAUUCCCAUCAGCCUAUCCCAAUUGAUGCUAUCCAUUCUCAUUGGAGACGGUUAAGUGUAGGUAAUUUUGUAGAGGAAAUUGAUCCCCAAGAAAAAGUUAUGGUAAGACCACGUUUGACACAAUUACAAAAAUGGCUAGAAGAACAAGAUGAUGAAACCAAGAGACAAGUUUUGCUGAAGAUUGAUGAGCUUAUAAAUCCAAGUUGCACAAUGCUUCAAGAACCAAAUGAGAAGAUUAAAACCAAAGAGCGUCCUUCUAAGAUUGACAGUAGCACUCGUCGUCUACCAUCUGCUUUUGAGAUUGCCGAGGCUUUUUCCGUACAUGGUAGUCAGUCACAAGUACCACUUGAAAAGGUUGUUCAUGCAUCUCCUAGUACUGUGUUGCCUUCUACGAAAUCAAAUAAGCAUCCAGAGAAAAAUCAGCCUAUCUGCGUGACUCAAAGCACUUCACCAUUUGAGCUAACACAAAAAUAUACUGUGCAAUUUGUUUUCGGUAUGAGGCCUUACAUUCUAGGUUCAUUUGAUGUUGAGUCUGAUGGUAAUUGUGGUUAUAGAGUUGUAGCAUCAGCUAUGGGAUUUGGUAGGCGUUUUUGGCGAAGAGUUCGAAUAGACCUAAUGAAUGAGCUAAAAAGUAUGCCCCACUUGUACAUGAAACUAUAUGGUAGCGAAAGUAGUGUAGAGAAUAUUAUACAGAGACUAAACCAUUCUGGAUCUACUGCACCACGUAGAAAAUGGAUGUGUAUAACAGAGAUGGGGCAUUUGAUCGCUACUUGCUAUGGAGUUGUUGUGAUAAACUUAUCUGAUCAACAGUGCCUUACCUUUCUUCCUUUGACUGAACACAUUACUGGACGAUUUCAGAACCAAGAACUGCCUGAAAUUGGAAUUGGUUUUGUUAACGGAGACCACUUUGUGCAGGUGUCUUUGCAAGCGGGAUGCCCAUUACCACCAAUCCCACCAAAUUGGUACCCCCAUGCUGAUGAUAAAGCAAGAUCAUUAUACAAUAGAUACAAGGAUCGUCUGCAUCAAUAUACCCAAAUACCCCAUCCAGAAAGAGUUACUGCUAUUUCCGAAAUUAUAACUCUUGAGACUGAUGAGACUAUGUUUGAAUGA